CUACCCUUCUUGUUAAUUGGUUAGUUAAACUUCCUUUGUUGGGAGCAUGGCGUAAUUAGUAGUUGCCAACGGGUUCAAGCCAUGAAAACCGACUCUUGCAUAAAUGCGAGGUAGGUCCAAAUGAUCGAAUUGUAGUUCUUAACAAUAGUAGGUCGAGAUGAUCGAAUGGAAAUGACAAUUUUUACAUGGCAUAUUUUCAUACAUUCUGGUCUUCAGUCUCUUACAUAAAUUAAGAACAUUGAAAUAAUAUGUCAAGGAGUCGUUUGAACAUUAUUUUUUUUCCUUCUAUCCAAAAGACGUAUUUUCAAGCCAUGUUUGGUUAUCAAAUUGGACUGAACUUUUGUGUUUUUUUUUUUUUUGAAAAUGAGUUUUAAGUUUGAAGUAAAAAUUCACUUUCUCUUACAAAACUGUAAUAUUUUUUCAAGUGAAAUACAUGUCCAAACAUAACUUUAAAUUUCAAAUAUUAUUUUUCAACUUAACUCCGAUCCAAACACUACUUUGUUUUCUUUUAGAAAUCACAUUUUUAUGUCCUAAGCGUCUACUAAAUGUCUCAUCCGAAGCUCAUGAGACUAUCAACAACUGUGACCAUCACCUUCAUCGAUAUAUUUUCACAGUGAAUUUCUACACUAUAAAUGAAAUUUAACAGGCUAUAAGAUGUCAAACUCGUUAUGUAGAUCAAUUGUUGUAAGUCAAUAUAACCUAAUUGUUCAACUAUCUAUACGUUGUCAGUUUACAUAAUCUUUACCUGUAGUUUAACUUCUAUUAACUGUUUUAGUGUAUAUAGUUGUAACGUAUAACUGUCUAAACUUCAUGUUAAUGAUAGCAUUUACUUGUAGAUGAUAUUAUUCAUUUAUCUUGUUCGUUAGUGAUUAAAUUUUGAUCACUCUUCUAAGCUUUCUACCGUUAAUGCUGGUCGAUAAAAAUUCCUUCAAAAGUUCACUAGUACGUUAAGCACUUAAGCCUAGACAGUUGACAUUAAUAGACUACUAAUACUCACAUGAUAGACAAAACUAUUUUAUAAUUUGCUGAUUAUAUAUAAUAAUCAUGUCAUGACCAAUUAUAUAUGGAAUUAUCAAUACAAUCACAAUUCACAUCAUUAUGUGAGGCUAAUUCCACUACUAGAAAACUGUCAAAAAAGCAUCCAGAGCAUACCGACAGAAAUUGAUUGGAAAUAAUACCGACUGACAUCGGUCAGAAACGAAGUAAAUUGGUCGAAAAUAUCAAAUAACAAAUUGUAAAUAAAAAUACCGACCGCAAUUAGUAGAAAAAUGUGAUCCCACAAAAAAGAAAGUUUACUUUAUCUGACACUGUUAAAAUUUUCGACCGAUUACGGUCGGAAAAUGAUCAAUUUUUUACCAAAGCCCGAUCAGACUUGCAUACUAUCAAAUAUAGGUUUUAGAAGUUUAUUUUUCUUUUUAGAUUUGUAUCGAAUUAAGUUAGAUUUGUGUCGAAUUAGAUUUGCCCGGAGAUAAUGAAAUUAAAAUUAAUCAAAAGAAAGUUCAGAAUAGAAAAACUUAACCAACCUCGAUAUUUAAAUUAUAACUUAUACUUAAAUUAAAAGAAUUUAAAAAGAAAAAAAAAACAAAUGAGGGACCUGCAAUAAAUCACAACCAAUCCUUUCUAUGGUCAAUAUUUAUUACACGUAAGCCAAAGACAUCCUUUUACAACAUGCAAACUAAAAACAUCACUACUAAAAACAAAUGGCCACCUCACAACUUUCCGACCUCAUUUUCCGGCCAUCACUUCACCGGCGCACCACUUUCCGGCAAUGCCACCCUACUUCAGUCUUUCUCACUCCUCCAAAAAAUAUCAAAACAAAAACUCUUAAAUAUGACAGAAAAAUCAAGUGUUUAAUUAAGUUUAGUUUAGUUGAUAAACAGAGCCCAACCAAAAAACCAACAGUUGAUAUGAACCAAUUAGUGGAAUUUUUAUAUGAGGAUUUGCCUCAUCUUUUUGAUGAUCAAGGUAUUGAUCGUAAGGCAUAUGAUGAUUAUGUGAAGUAUAGGGAUCCAAUUACAAAACAUGAUUCAAUUGAUGGCUAUUUGUUUAAUAUUGCAAUGUUGAAACAGUUGUUUAGGCCUGAUUUUCAGCUGCAUUGGGCUAAACAGACAGGACCCUAUGAAAUAACUACAAGGUGGACAAUGGUAAUGAAGUUCAUUCUUCUUCCAUGGAAACCUGAAUUAGUCUUCACCGGCACUUCUGUUAUGGGCGUCAAUCCUGAAACAAACAAAUUUAACAGCCAUGUGGACUACUGGGAUUCAAUUAAGAAUAACGAUUAUUUUUCUGUAGAAGGUCUGCUGGAGGUCAUAAAACAGUUAAGGAUUUACAAGACUCCGGAUUUGGAAACACCUAGUUAUCAGAUAUUAAGAAGAACAGCAACUUACGAGGUCAGGAAAUAUGAUCCGUUUAUAGUUGUAGAAACAGAAGGUGACAAACUCGCAGGAAAUAGAGGUUUCAAUGAUGUUGCGGGGUACAUAUUUGGCAAAAAUUCAGCGACAGAGAAGAUACCGAUGACUACUCCUGUCUUCACUCAGGCAUUCGAUGCUGAAAAAUCUAAAGUGUCAAUCCAGAUAGUUCUUCCAUCGGAUAAAUCUUUGAGCAGCUUACCAGCUCCCAAUCAAGAAGGUAUAAGCUUAAGGAAAACGGAAGGAGGCAUCGCUGCUGCAUUAAAAUUUAGUGGAAAACCAACUGAUGAUGUUGUUCGAGAAAAGGAGAAACAACUCAGAUCAAGUCUUAUUAAGGACGGUCUCAAACCUCAAUCGGAUUGCAUGCUUGCUCGCUACAAUGAUCCUGGUCGAACGUGGAAGUUUAUAAUGAGGAAUGAAGUUCUUAUAUGGCUUGAGGAUUUCAAGCUGGAUUAAGCUCCCAUUCUCAAAAUUGCUGAGAGUUUCAUGAGUGAAAAACAGGAGAGAUUCACAAGCAAAGACAGUUUAGAAAAAUGUUCUUAUACUGAACAGAUCCAAAAGCUAUGAAAUUAGGUUUACUGUAUUUUGUAUCUCAAAAUAUUUAGAGAUUUUGACAAAUAUAUGGCUUGUACAUAGCACAGAAUGCUUGUGCUGAACACUACUAAACUGAUUUCUCUUGUGCACUGCACCAAAUAUUGUUAGAGCUGUAGUUCUAUGA